UUUCCAUCCUCUGUACAUCUAUGUGUGGUGAGCAGAUUAUUAAAACUGUGUUCCGAAGUCAUGUGGCGUCGGAUGCCAAAUUCUCUUUUGCCCAAACGCCAAACAUGCUCGGAGCACCUGAUCUCUCUGCAGAGAGGAUGACUGACCUGCCACUUCGCUGAGGUGCAUACUAUACAAGGCCUGCCCUUGUGCUGCACAAUAACAUGCAAUAAUAUGUUCCGACUCUGGAUCGAAUCCAGAAUGGUUCCAUUGUGAUGCGCCAAUCGUCAGAGUGGGAGUGGAGGGGAUAUAUUUGCAUGCAGAGAUGUGGGUGUGACAAUAAGUUCACAAUUUGAGGGCUCGUUUGAUUCUGUUCUCUGCCAUUUGUUUUGAUUGACUUCACCUUCAAGGUAAGCUGAACUAACAACACGGUAAUAUCAAAAUAAAUUCGAUUCUAUUGACCCUUGGCAGCCCUUCAGGUGUUUUGGUAUUCGGUUCACUUUACGCGCAUUGAAUCCAGUGGCAAUUGACUGCGGGGGAGACAUAAAUGCCUCUCGGCGGUCGGUAUUCACACAUCAAGCUUCUUGAUGAUCUCGCCAUGCUUCUUGAAGCAAAGAAAUGUAACACGAGACUUGACCUGCCCACGCAACGGCGGAUGGCAACGGUGUGCUUGACCCACUCCUGUGACCCGUAAAGCUCGCUCGCACAAACGUUCAUCCCCACUUCAGCCAACCUGUCAUCGUUUUAACUGGUUGCGAUUAUGUUAUGCCGGAGGCUUUGAGGUUUUUGUUUUGGCUAAGUGAGAAAAAAAGAUUAUUCAAGCAGAACCUUUUCUGUCUGACAGAUGUUAUGUAAGUUCGAAUUGGUUUUAGAAAUUCAGCCUUCUGUGAAAGCGGUGAAGGCCGUGGCAGCUGCAUGUUGUCAAAUUUAGCAACUCAGUAGCCUCGUCUAUAACAACAUGCAUGUAGAAGUACUGUAAUAUUAAUUACAAAACUAAAAUCAUACAAAGUAAUGCUAACUUAAUCUUUGUUUUCGCUCCAAAGCAACAAUAAACUGCAGAUAUGUCUGAAGGGCCGAGAAAACCCAAAUAUUCGGCCACUCGCCGACUCCACUUGAAGUCCAUCUUGCUGAGGAGGGCCGGCUCCAUGCUUUUGGCUGAGAGUGAAGAAAAAAGAGAAGAAAGGCAAAGAUUCAUCAAUGAAUAUUUCCCUGAUCCAAAGACUUCAGACCUGUCAGUUCAAGAACUUCAGGAACUGUGUAAAGAACUACACAGAAAAAUUGAUGUCACAGAUGAAGCUCGUUAUGAUAUCGCCAUGAAGGUGGACAAAAAUGAAAACGAGAUUGUGUCACUGAAACAGAAGAUUGUCUCGCUGAAGGGGGUUAGGCGUCCCAGCUUGAAGAGAGUGAAGAAAAGCACCGAAGACAUGCUGGGCGCAUACUCGGACCCUUCCAAGCACAUAAAGCCCGAUUUCAAGGUCAACCUUAAGACAGUCAAGAAAGAGGAUGAAAAACGGGAAGAAGUGACUGACUGGCGCAAGAAUGUGGAGGCCAUGUCUGGCAUGGAGGGCAGGAAGAAGCUGUUUAAUGCCGGCCAAUAAGCAAAUUCUUCAUCGUAGCUGGUUUGGAGCACUACAUUAUUUUUAAUGGAUGAAUGCACUUUUUGCCAAUUUGGA